GAUCGGCUCCAUACCUCGCUAUAAAAAUGCUCCCGUGCUGUGCGAUCCAUCGCGCCUGUGCCAGGACCCGGGAACACAUACCGCUAAUACAUUGUAUACAGACAUACGCACGCAAGUACAAUGCCUGACCAUGCGCUGCUGCUCGUGAGCAGCAUGCUGGUGGUGGUGAUGGCGCAUCUCUCGUGCGCCGAUGGAGCAGUAGGCACGGGUAAGAGCAAGAUCUCGGCCGUCUUCAUGUUCGGCGACUCGAUCGUCGAUCCCGGUAACAACAACAACCGGCUGACGGAGGCGAGGGCCAACUUCCCGCCGUACGGGCAGGACUUCCCCGGCGGGAAGGCCACCGGGAGGUUCUCCAAUGGCAGGGUUCCUGGGGACAUGCUAGCUUCUAAAUUAGGAGUCAAAGAGUUCUUACCACCGUACAAUGGAGAUGAUCUUGAACUAAGUGACCUACUUACUGGUGUCGCAUUUGCCUCUGGAGGCAGUGGAUAUGACCCCUUAACUUCGAUACCCGCAACUGCUACUUCAAGUACUGGGCAACUUGACUUAUUUCUUGAAUAUAAGGAGAAGCUAAUAACCUUAGUCGGAGAGGAAGAAGCGACACGUGUUAUCUCUGAAGGCAUUUACUUUACUGCCAUGGGAGCAAAUGACAUUGCAAAUAAUUAUUUUUCAAUUCCGUUGAGGCGCCAUCAAUAUGAUCUUCCUUCCUACGUGAAUUUUCUUAUCUCUUCCGCAGUAAAUUUUACCAUGAAAUUAAAUGAUAUUGGUGCAAAUAGGAUUGGAUUCUUUGGCAUUCCGCCAAUUGGAUGUUGUCCAUCCCAAAGAAAACAUGGAUCAAGAGAAUGUGACACACUUCAGAAUCAAGCAGCAGAAUUAUUCAAUUCUGGGAUAGAAAAGGAAAUUGAACGAUUAAAUGCAGAACGAAAUGUUCAUGAUUCAAGGUUUGCUUAUCUUGAUAUAUACUACAAUCUUCUUGAGCUCAUUCAACAACAUGAUUUUUAUGGUUUCCCGACCAAUAUAUUUUUGGCGAUGGACAUUAGUUUCAACCAUUUGUCGAUCGACAAUCCAACAACAUAACCUUGGCCAACCAACCUUCUAUUGGUCUAGUUGUGAGAUUUUCCUGGGUGACUGUGUGACAGCGAUGUCUUUGCCAACCAACAUUAACCUUCACAGGCAAAUAUAACAUUAAAUUUACAUCUAGAUAUUUGACAAUGGUCACACUGACCAAGCAACCAUGAAAUUUUAUGCCAAAGAGUAUGGAUUCAAAAUAUCAAUAUGCAUAUCCCCCAAAAUAUUAAACCACAACCGAAUGAUAAUGGCAUACAUUAACUCUCACACAUAUUGUUCAUCUGUUCUCCACAUGUUCACCACAUACAUCAGGUUUACAAAAUGAUAGUCAAAAGGUGCAUGUCCAAUGAGAUAUAAUUUUCUCCAUUACACGAACCAUCCAUUUGAUACAAAAAACGAUGGGUAGCUCCUCAUGCUCGCAGAUCAUAAUACACGUCACAUUCAAUCUUGUUCCAGUUUAUGCAUGAUGAAGACACUAUUGAAUAUAUCUUCCUAUUUCAUUUUAGGAGUUAUAGUUGCACUAGAGCCCUCAAUCCCAUCUAGUACAACAGUACAAAAGAGGGAGGAUGGAAGAUGAACAAAUACACUAGAAAAGAUCAAGAAUGGUCUCUUUUGCUAUUCACAACACAAAGCAAGUCAAACACCUGGUAAAAGAACAACUAUAGUAUAUGUUUAUCAACCAAACCAAACUAAUUUAGAAUGAUAACAAGAUCACAACAAAGCACAAUGCACAUAAUCAUGUCACAUUUUUCUGAUAAUUACA